UUGUGUAGAUCUGCCGCUGCUCGCUCUUUCAGCCUCGCCUCGCCUCCUCCAUCGUCUCGAUCCUUCCUUCAAUCUCCCUUCAACGCCGGUCUCAUUCCAGGGUUUGGUGGUUGGAUUCGAUGGAGGGAGCUGGGAGCGAUGCUGCCUCGGCGGCGGCGGCGGCGCCGAUAGAUCAGUGGAGGCACGACGUCUGGAGGCUGUACCAGCAUUACCUGGAUAAGUCCACCCCCCACGCCACCUACCGGUGGAUCGGGACCCUCGUCCUGGUGGCCAUCUACGUCAUGCGCGUCGUGUACAUCCAGGGGUUUUACAUUGUCUCGUAUGGCCUGGGGAUCUAUAUACUGAAUCUCAUGAUCGGGUUCCUGUCCCCGUUGGUCGAUCCCGAGUUGGAAGCCUCGGACGGGCCGAUGCUGCCGACGAAAGGGUCCGACGAGUUCAAGCCGUUCAUCCGGCGGCUCCCGGAGUUCAAGUUCUGGCACUCCAUAACAAGUGCAUUUUUCAUAGCAUUCCUCAUGACCUUCUUCUCCAUGUUUGAUGUUCCCGUCUUUUGGCCCAUAUUGCUCUUUUACUGGCUCGUGCUUUUCAUCAUGACAAUGAGACGUCAAAUUGCACACAUGAUCAAAUACAAGUAUAUACCAUUCAGCAUUGGGAAGCAGAAGUAUGGUGGUAAGAAAUCUUUUGCUAGUACCAGUGGCUCACGUGGGGAUUAAAAUGGGGCAGCAUAGUAUUGCAGUUGGGGAAUUUUGGACGGAAGAUGGUAGAAUGGUUGCUAUUUGGAUAUUCAUGAUAUCUGUUCCUUUUUCGUUUUCACUUCAAGGAUCUCGAUUGAUGUUAUAUAAAUUUGGAUACGUAGUUUGGAAUGGAUAGAUCAACUGUACCAUCGCCUUUCCAAUGUUGGUGGAAAGAGGUGCUUAUAGCUGCCAAGGGAUGUUCACCGUCCCGAGGAGUCUCCUUCCUGGUACAUGAUAGAUUUCGUCUGCGUUGAAUGCCGACACUGUCCUUGUAACCCUUCUAUUAUGUAGUAAGGAAAUUUGACUAUCAAUGAUACUGGAAAUUUUUUUCAA